CAAGUUGUUUACCCAACGUAAAAACAGGCUUUGCAUUCCAGGACCCCAACCUUGGAUAUAAAAGGUCUUUGGGAGCGCAAGAAGGAGCUCAAAGUGAGAACGACUCUGGACGUUGGCGUAGUUGGCAGUUUGAACAGAAAAUGCGCAAUUAUCUCUGGCUAGCAGUGCUCCUGGUGGUGGCCACCACCUGCAUCAAGGCCAAGCCGCUGGUCUCCUUCGGCGUCAGCUACCAGCAGCCUUACCUGGGCCCCCAGCCAGGACCCUACUACUACGGAGAACCGUACCCGGCAGGUGGCUACUACAACAACUACCACAACAGUCCGGGACCGUACGGAUACCCCUAUCCGUAUGCCAAUCGCUAUGGCGCCCUCGAUCUCGGAAUCGGCGCCCUAUCGCUAUCGUCGUUCCUGCUCUGA